AGCAUCCUCAACAACAGUCCUGCAAGUCAGCACUCUGGCUUUCUGUUCCUGGGUCUCAGCAGAAAGAGCGUUGACGACGCCAUGGCGAAGCUGAAAGAUCUGUAUCAGAACCAGUGCUCUACUCACACCUUCAGAAAGGAGGAGCUGGACAGUCUCAUGCAGGACGACGUGACAGAGCUGAUGCAGCUGAUCAACACUCAGGGACUGCACAAAGAAAAUGACCAGUCAGGUGACUUGUCUGUGAGCGGCCUAAAAGAUGGCGUCACCAAGGCGGUGAUGGCAUUCAAUGCAAUUCUCCACGGUAACCUCAGGAGAGAGACGAGAAUCAAGGAGGAAGAGGAACUGUACACCCGUGUGGUUUGGUGCAUCAUGAGCCACAAUGGUCUCUGGGAGAGACUUCCCAAAACUGCAAAUUACAAUUUGGAAAAACAAGACAUUGCAAGGGGAAUAGUGGAUGCACAGGGAGCCACAUGGACGGUAGAUCUAAACAGCAUGGAGGCCACAAACCUCAAGGUCGCAGAGCCCAGGAAGCUCAAACGACUGGAGACCCUGCCAGACUUCACCAUGCCUCUGUACUGGGACAGCAUGGCCCCCGGGGAGAACGUGAAGGUGGUGGCAGUGCCACCUUCCUCUGCAGAGUACCGAGCUUUGAAAAGUGAAUUCAGUAAAACUGAGAGCAAGACUGUCAUGAAAAUUGAGCGUUUACAGAACAUCCAUCUGCGUCGCGCCUACGAAGUCCAGAAGAAGCACAUGUCAGAGAAGAACAAGCAGGAGGGGGGAGCGAGGGAAAAACUUCUGUAUCACGGGACCACCAAGGACAGCUGCAACUCCAUCACAGAGACCGGCUUUAAUCGUCGUUUCUGUGGACAAAACGGAACUGCAUAUGGUGCUGGUGUUUACUUUGCCGUCAAUGCAUCUUACUCAGCGAAUCCGCGCUACUCCAAGCCAGCUGCUGACAACUCUCAGGUCAUGUUCGUGGCUCGAGUGCUGACCGGCAUCUUCACUCAGGGCAAAAAGGACAUGAACGUCCCUCCUCCUCGAGACAGCCGGCGGCCCCACGACCGCUUCGACAGCGUGGUGGAUAAAAUGGACAAACCCCAGAUGUACAUCGUGUUUCAUGACAACCAGUCUUAUCCAGACUAUCUCAUCACCUUCAAAUGAGGAGGAAAUAAAACAGCUGGUUUCUCUCUAUAGAGCCACAUUGUAACAUAAUCUCAGGGUAUCAUUUGCAGGUAGUUCUUGUAGUUUAGUUAGAAACUGUGCCUCCCGAAGCUACACUUUAAAGAAGAAUUAUUGUCUGUGUAUUAUUGACUUUCUGUAGUCACAAUCAAGGUGGUGUGAUGCUGAUCGCCUUGACAAAUAAAUGAACCAAUAAAGUUGC